AUGAAAUAAUAAUCAUACGCAAAUGACAAUUAUGCGCUUCAAACAGAAGUUACAGAAAUCUUUAAAUAAGGAGAUAAGCUUUGGAAUUGUGGAACCACAAUAAAUGAAAAAAAAAAUGGAUUAAAUUUAAUUCUAAAAGGGAUUUAAAAACUACAACUUUGGAGAGAAAGUAUAGUGUCAUUCUUAUAACUUCAAAAUAGAAGAGCGUGAUCCAGGACUUCGAUUACAAUUAGAUUCUGUAUAUGAUUCCAGAAGAAUUUCAAUAAUUCAAGGUUUCAAUUUACUCGAGAGUUAUGAAAGAGGAGAGAAAAUGGAAUUUCAAGAACCUAAAAAGUACAUAAAAAGAAUAUGUAGAUAAUAUAAAUAAUAAAUAAAUACUUAAGAAAAAAAUAUUUUAAAUAAUGUAUUUAUGAAGGAAAAACCCAAUGUGAGUUGGUCAGAUAUCAUAGGUUUAGAUAUUGCGGUGGCAACUUUAUAAGAAUGUAUUCUUGUUCCAAUGAAAUUUCCAAGUUUAUUUGGAUAAGCUAGAUAAACUUGGAAUGGAAUACUUUUGUAUGGAGUAACCUAAAAUUAUUAUUAUUAGCCACCUGGAGCAGGUAAAACGUAUAUUGCAUAGGCUUGCGCUAAUUAAACGAUUGAUAGUUGUAGUUUCUUUUUUAUCUCAGCUACAGAUCUCAUUUCUUAAGCUGAAGCAUUUAAAGAUAAAUUUAUGAAAGAUUUAUUUGAAAUAGUUAAUUAAAAAAAACCCUCGCUGUUGUUUAUUGAUUAAGUUGAAAUUGUUUCUGAGUGUUUUGGCAAAUCUAUUAUCAAAGCCCUAAUGGAUACUAUUCAGCGAAAUUAGUCUCAAGUAUUUGUAAUUGGAGCUACUCAUCUCCCCUGGAAACUUGAUAUUUCUACUAUUCAGAGGUAUUAAUUUUUAAAAUAAUCUUUCAGCUUUGAAAAAAAAAUAUACAUAUCUCUACCUGACUUAGAAGCCAGAGGGAAUCUAAUUGCUAAAUUUUUACAUAAAAUUCAAAACAAUUUAACAAAAUUGGAUCUCUAGGAUUUAGCAAUUAAAACAGAAGGAUACUCUUGUUUUGAUAUUAAUGUUUUAGUUAGAGAUGCAGCUUUGGAGCCUAUUCGGAAAAUUCAAACAGCUUAAAAAUUUAAGAUGGUGUAAGUGUAAGGAAAAGUGAAAUGGAUUCCAGCUGCAAUAAAUGAAUUAGGAGAGUUAAAAACAUUUUAGGAUCUUGAUAUUUCAAGAAUUCAAAUUCCUGAUGUUUGUUAUGAUGACUUUAUAAAAGUCUUGAAAUAAUCAAAAAAAUCAGUUUCCCAAGAUUUACUUAUGGAAUUCCAAAAAUGGAUGAAGUAAUAUGGGUUAAAAGAAUGAACUAAAAUUUGUAUUUUAGAUGUUCUUAAUUGUCAA